GCCAUUUUGGAACCUUCCCCGAGGCUCGGCUCAGCUCCGCUCUCGGGGGUUCUGUCAGCUGCUGCCGAGCCACGGUGUCGCCGGACAGGAUGAGUGUGAUAGACCAUGUGCGGGACAUGGCGGCCGCGGGGCUGCACUCCAACGUGCGGCUCCUCAGCAGCUUGCUGCUGACCAUGAGUAAUAACAACCCUGAGCUGUUUUCCCCGUCUCAGAAGUACCAGCUUUUGGUGUAUCAUGCAGAUUCUCUCUUUCACGAUAAGGAAUACCGCAACGCUGUGAGUAAGUAUACCAUGGCUUUACAGCAGAAGAAAGCCUUAAGUAAAACGUCAAAAGUGCGACCUUCAACUGGGAAUUCUGCAUCUACUCCACAGAGCCAGUGUCUUCCAUCUGAAAUUGAAGUGAAAUACAAAAUGGCUGAGUGUUAUACAAUGCUGAAAUUAGACAAAGACGCCAUAGCUAUACUUGAUGGGAUCCCUUCAAGACAAAGAACUCCCAAAAUAAACAUGAUGUUGGCAAACCUGUAUAAGAAGGCUGGUCAGGAACGCCCAUCAGUCACCAGCUAUAAGGAGGUCCUGCGGCAGUGCCCUUUGGCCCUUGAUGCCAUUCUAGGUUUGUUAUCCCUUUCUGUAAAAGGUGCAGAAGUGGCAUCAAUGACGAUGAAUGUGAUCCAGAGUGUGCCCAACCUGGACUGGCUGUCUGUGUGGAUUAAAGCAUAUGCUUUUGUGCACACUGGUGACAACUCGAGAGCAAUCAACACCAUCUGUUCACUGGAGAAAAAAUCCUUAUUGCGAGACAAUGUCGACCUGUUGGGGAGCCUGGCAGACCUGUACUUCAGAGCAGGGGACAGUAAGAAUUCCGUCCUCAAGUUUGAGCAGGCACAGAUGUUGGAUCCUUACCUGAUAAAAGGGAUGGAUGUCUAUGGCUACCUCCUGGCACGAGAAGGGCGGCUGGAGGAUGUGGAGAACCUUGGCUGCCGCCUUUUCAACAUUUCUGAUCAGCAUGCAGAGCCCUGGGUAGUCUCUGGAUGCCAUAGCUUCUACAGCAAGCGUUACUCUCGGGCCCUGUACUUAGGCGCCAAGGCCAUUCAACUGAAUAGCAACAGUGUCCAAGCUUUACUCCUCAAGGGAGCAGCACUUAGGAACAUGGGGAGAGUCCAGGAGGCUAUAAUACAUUUUCGGGAGGCCAUAAGGCUCGCGCCUUGUCGCUUGGACUGUUACGAAGGUCUCAUAGAGUGUUACUUAGCUUCUAACAGCAUCCGAGAAGCAAUGGUGAUGGCCAACAAUGUUUACAAAACUCUCGGUGCGAACGCACAGACUCUUACCCUGUUAGCCACUGUAUGUCUGGAAGACCCAGUGACGCAGGAGAAAGCUAAAACAUUGUUAGAUAAAGCCCUGGCCCAGAGGCCAGACUACGUCAAGGCCGUGGUGAAAAAAGCAGAGCUGCUCAGCAGGGAACAGAAAUAUGAAGAUGGAAUUGCUCUGCUGAGGAAUGCGCUGGCUAAUCAGAGCGACUGUGUCCUGCAUCGGAUCCUGGGGGACUUCCUAGUAGCUGUGAACGAGUAUCAGGAAGCCAUGGACCAGUACAGUAUAGCACUGAGUUUGGACCCCAAUGACCAGAAGUCUCUAGAGGGGAUGCAGAAGAUGGAGAAAGAGGAGAGUCCUACGGAUGCCACUCAGGAGGAAGAUGUGGAUGACAUGGAGGGGAGUGGGGAAGAAGGGGACCUGGAGGGCAGUGACAGCGAGGCGGCCCAGUGGGCUGACCAAGAGCAGUGGUUCGGCAUGCAGUGAGGGCCCGACAACAGCCCCUCGGGAUUCCUAGACCAACAGGUGCUGUUGGAGGUGUGCUCACAGCAGGGCUCCCUGCCCCGUUGCUCAUGGUGUAGUCGGAACCUCAACAGCCUGAUGUCUGUCUGUCCUGCUUUGCCGAGGACUGAACUCCAAGCUGCAGACUUGCCAGCUUCGGAUGGUUCUGAUGUACCCAAUGGAGGACGCUUUUUUCCUACAUGAGUGGGUUCACAGGACUGCCAUCCUCCUAAGGGCAAACACACAGGGAUGGUCCUGCCAGAGAUGUCUGGUUCCUGGGUGUCCUGGUCCUGGUCCCGCCACACUUGCUGGUAGCAAUGGUGGUGCUUCACUGACUGCAGAGCAGCAUGACAGGAGCAUGGCCACACACAGGGCCACUUCAACUAAUAAAACUGCUCAGCGUGGUGUCACAUGUCACAGUGGA